AUGGCUAAGGUUGUAAAAUCACGUGCACAAAAAAGAAAACAUGAAGAUACGGGUCCUACUCUGAAUACGGAGCGGCAGCUUGGUGAACAUGAUCUCUUUUUCAAGUGGCUACUCGGUAUUACACAGCAUGAAUUCUUUCAGGAAUACUUUGAACAAAAACCACUACACUUUUCUCAUGGUUCUUCGACACACUUUAGAAACCCACCAAAGGGAUUUCCCGCUGUAGAGUGGUCUACAGAUGAAAUGCUUAAUCUCGCUUCAAAGAAAAGACUAUCAUACUCCACAGACCUUAACGUUGUUCGUUUUGAUAAUAAAAUUAAUAAACGUGUAUCCUAUCGUAACGAUGGUCAUAUUACAUCAGAUGAGAUGCGCUUAUGUAUGAAAAAGGGCUGGUCAAUUCGUUUUCUCCGACCCCACGAACACGUCUCCAGUAACUCUGCUGUUAUUUCAAAAAUGGAGGACAUUUUUUGCUGCUUCUGUGGCCUCAACAGUUAUUGGACUCCUGCAAAUAGUCAGGGUUUUGCACCCCAUUAUGAUGAUGUAGAUGUCUUUCUGUUGCAGUUGGAGGGUGAGAAGGAGUGGAACUUAUACACGGCGCCGUCAGAGGUGGAUGUACUUAGCCGCUACUCCAGUGAAGACUACAAUCCUAAAGACCUCCCACCGCCAAUCAUGACAUUGCGGUUAGUACCAGGUGAUGUGCUCUAUAUGCCGCGUGGUACUGUUCAUCAAGGGCGUACUUUGGGUGAGAAACACUCGUUACAUGUAACUUUCUCCGCAAAUCAAAUGAAUACGUGGGCAGACCUUAUUAAAAUUGCAGUGACACAUUCUCUGGAGAAACUGGCGACAAAUGAAAUUAUAUGGAGAAAGUCACUACCACGCACAACUUUAAAAACUUUGGGUGCUAUUUAUCAUCCUGUUUUCCGUGAAGAAAAUGGCUUACUACCACUGACUGAAAAGUAUCAGAAACGAAGGCGUAUAUUACAAUCUGUAUUCCGAGAGAAAGUGGCUGAACUUUCUCUUCUUUUGUCUACUGAAGAAACUAUAGAUGAAUGUUGCGACUUGUACGCAAAGGAAACAGUGACAAAGCUGCAGCCACCCCCUAAAUCCACUAUAAAAAACGAUCAUUCUAUGAAGGAAAUUACAGGUAAGACGAUUGUGCGACUUGUUUCCUCUCAAUAUGCGCGCCUCAUUUUUAGUGUUUCUGGUGAAGUACAACUUUAUCACAGUGGCAAAAAUUCUCCUAUAUGUCUUGCCGCACCAGUGGGACUCCUACGUUUUGAGGUCGAUUUUGCCCCUGCACUCGCCACACUCUUGGCAUCUGGUUCACGAGGUAUACAAGUAUCUACUUUACCUUUUCCAGCAUUUGAUAAUGUGGAUGAUAUUUACGAAAACCAAUUGACUCUAGUAAAAUCCCUGUAUGAUGCUAAUAUCAUUACUAUCCUGUAG